AUGAUCAUGACAAACAAUUUCAGUGAGAAGUACAUCAAGAAUCUGGUGUGCAACACCCUGAAAGACCUUGACACCUCCAGAAAAGAAGGACAGCUAUUUUCACUCUUAGCUUUGCUAAAUACAUAUGUGAACGGCUCCUACAUGGCCCUGUCCCUAUGUGAGGAUUUUGUGGGGAUUAGGAAUGCUCUGUGGGGAAAAGAGACACUUGAGGACAAAAUGAACCCAUACUCCACGCUACUGAUGCGCUUCGACAUUGAAGAGCACGGCACUUAUCAGGCAGUUCGGUUUCUACACCAAAUGAUUGCAAGUAAUUGCCUCAAAGUCCUCACCGGAAAGCACAAGCUUCAACUGGGGGAAAUAACAACCAGUCUGUUACACUGUGACUUGCUGUACAAAUCUGGCAUGGGUAAGGACAUCCUGGUUCAAAACAUCCAAAGUAUGCUGAUCACGCGGCAACGAAAGGAACUUGGACAUGACAAAGAUACACUCUUCUCUCCUUUGAUUGAAGACAUACAGACGGAUGAGGGAAUCAGCCAAAUCAAAGAAGUUCUUGUAAGAGCAACAAUGAGAUUUGACAAAAAUGCAACUCUGCCACAAGCUUUGGCAAGGCAUUUCUAUCUGAAAGAGAAGGAUUAUAUAUCUGCUCUGCAAUGGGCCAAGGAUGCACAGCAGAAAAUGUACAAUUCUUACAUUGCAGACACAUUGGGACAGGUGUACAAAAGCCACCUGAAAUAUGAAAUUGAACGUGCUGAGGAGCUCACUCCAGAAGGGUUAGACAAAUGCCUAAAAUUAGCAUUUCAAGCCACCAAAGCAUUCAGAGAUUCACAGGAACUCGCAAAGAAGGAUGAGACAAUGGAUUCCCUUGAUCUGCCCAACAGAAAGAGGCAACGAACCUACAACACAUCUGGGUAUGUCGGUGAAAUGGAAGUUUCAAUUAUUGUUUUUGAUAUCAUCAAAGAUAUUCCUUUCUUCAACAAAAGUGACGCACUCCAGCGAGACAAAAUGCUGCAGUUCCUCAAAAACCACUUGCCAGUGAGUGAUUUUCAUGAAACAACAAACAGUACAAAUGAUCAAUUCAUUGCUGUUCUGUCAGACCACGAGAAAUUCUUGGUCUCUUUGAAGCCACGGCUGAAGGAGAUGUUCCGUUUUUUUGAGAACUACUUCACAUACCUGAAGCCAAGGUCAAUUGAGAAGGAGACAGCAGAGGACAGAAACAAACGGAAAGUAUCAGAGCUCUUCAAGAAGUACAUUCACAUCUUCUGUUCCUCCGGAGAAGAGAGAGCCUCUGAAAGGGCCAGUAAACCAAAACUGAGUCUCCGGCAGGAGAUAGAGGAGCAGCGGAACUAUUUGGAGCAAAAGCGAGCAGAUUCAUUUGCUGGUCUUCUCCAGUAUCUGAAUGAGAAGAAUGGGAAUCAAAUUGAAUUAAUUCUGAAGAAAUGGCAGUUCAUUGUUCAAAAUUCUACACGGAAACUCAUGGCUGACCGGAUCAAUUUCAUCCUUGCAAACAUUGUUCUUCACUGCAUUAAGCAAAGCUCAACAUUGCUGAAGAGGUACGAGGAGCUGGUCUCCCUUCUCAAUGAGGCACUGCAAGACGAGGGAACCCAUUCAAACUGCACAGAGCUGUACUACCUCUCAAUGUUGCUGAUGUGGCCAAGAAAGGACAACCUGCUUGAGAGCACCACAACGUUCAAAAACAUUGGCACGUAUGUCACUUCAUCGAAGAAAUCUUUCCAUCGUCGCUUCUCCCACAUAUUUCCGGCGAAGAGUUGCAUCGCACAUUUCUACCUCGGGAAAUCAAGAGGACUGAGGAGAAUAAUUCACAAAGGCAGGCUUGAUCAGUUGCUGUACAAAGAGGGACCCAAAACAUCACACAAGAAGGCCUCAUCCAAAGAUAGACCCCCAAACCCGCAUCAACUGUGGCAAAGUGGAGCAAUAUGGAGGGAUCCUGAGAUACAAAACCUGUUACAACGGGUCAAAGGGAAAACGGAAAACGGUGACAUUUAUGUUUACUACGGGGGCAAUCUGAAAAUCUCAGUGCGUCCAGUAUACCUUGGUGGAGUCCGGAGUGGAUGCAGUACGGAGGAGGUCUCCUUUUACCUUGGAUUCACCAUGGAGGGACCCGUGGCUUAUGACAUAAAGUAUGAAAAUGACCAGUAAACAGCUUACCAUCAGGCAGACUGAGGAAGGGAUGCAAGCGUUUGCACUUAGGGAAAGGAAAGGCUUCCAUUGAAGUUAUAUAGGCCUAGAGGGUUUGACUGGGGUGAAUGUCUGUGAACCAGGACAGAAUCACAUUAAGUAAGAUACCAGUGUGCUCUUGUCACUGUGUGAGGAAACCCAACCUCAACCACCUGGAAAUAAUCAAAGCAGAGAGAACAGGUGUCGGGUGACAUUCAACAAUGAAUCAUUCAUGCUUUUAGAGGUGAAACAAUGACAAUCAAUCUUGCAUCAGAAUGGAUUGUAAUGUCUCUAAGUCCCUGUCAUUGUAUCUCUAAGUCCCUCUAAUUUGGUCUCUAAGUCCCUGUCAUUUUAUCUCUAAGUCCCUGUAAUUUUAUCUCUAAGUCCCUGUAAUUUUAUCUCUAAGUCCCUGUAAUUUUAUCUCUAAGUCCCUGUAAUUUGGUCUCUAAGUCCCUGUAAUUUUAUCUCUAAGUCCCUGUAAUUUUAUUUCUAAGUCCCUGUAAUUUUGUUUCUAAGUCCCUGUAAUUUGGUUUCUAAAUCCUUGUAAUUUUGUCCCUAAGUCCCUGUAAUUUGGUCUCUAAGUCCCUCUAAUUUGGUUUCUAAAUCCUUGUAAUUUUGUCCCUAAGUCCCUCUAAUUUGGUCUCUAAGUCCCUCUAAUUUGGUCUCUAAGUCCUUGUAAUUUUGUCCCUAAGUCCCUGUCAUUUUUCUCUAAGUCCCUGUAAUUCUGUCUCUAAGUCCCUCUAAUUGUAACAUACAGUACUAUACAGUAGCAGACCAAUGAACAAGGAUUGUAGACCUAUAAACCAUUUGCAACUAUUCAAUGCUUUAAACAUGUUUUAUGGUUUUGCAUUGUGUUUAUUGAAACUACGGAAUGAUUAUUGUGUUACAAUGCAUAUUGACUUUCUGCAAGUUAUGUAUCUUCUUCAGAUGUUUGUCUAAAUACAUUCAAUUGCGUGGUUAUUUGAAAUUAUAUGCUACAUUAUUUACAAGAGAAAAGAGAUGAGGAGAAAACCUAUUGUCAAUGUUUGUUAAUGGAAUAAAGAGAAUUGCAUACUA